AUGACGAGCCCCAAGAAGGCGCCGCGGAGCAGCGGUGGCGGGGGGUGGGGCACGCCUGCCGUGACGCUGCUCUGCAUAAAAUGCUUCUUCGCGGGCAGGUUCAUCUCCCUUCCCACCGCCCUGCCGGAGGCGGGCAUCGGGCCCACCAUCGUGGGCGAGGAGCAGGAGGCCGUGGAGCGGCGGUCGGUGCUGGAGGAUGCGGCUGCCGAGGCCGACGCGCAGGCUGCCCUGGACGUGCCGUCGCCAGAGGUGCUGGCGGCGGCGGCCCGCAGCCUGGCUGACGUCAAGUACGAGACUGCGGAGGAGGCGCUGGAGGCCGUGGGCUUCCUGGCCGACCGCCCUCCCCUGGAGCACGGCGAGUCGGGGCACUCCUUCUACACAGUGCAGCCCAUGCAGCUGCUGUCGCUGUACCCGCGCGCCUACCUCAUGCCCCGCUUCCUGUCCCAGAAGCAGUGCGACCACGUCAUCGCCAUGGCGGAGCGGCGGCUGGCGCCCUCAGGCCUGGCCUUCAAGGCGGGCGACACGGCGGAGAACACGCGCGACGAGGACCCAGACGGGGUGCUGGCAUGGAUCGAGGACAAGCUGGCCGCCGUCACCAUGAUCCCGGCAGGGCACGGCGAGCCCUUCAACGUGCUGCGGUACGAGCCCUCCCAGCACUACGACUCGCACUACGACUCCUUCUCGGAGGAGGAGUACGGCCCGCAGUUCAGCCAGCGGAUCGCCACUGUGCUGCUGUACCUGGCCGACGUGGAGGAGGGCGGCGAGACGGUGUUCCUGCUGGAGGGCAAGGGCGGGCUGGCCAGGCUGGAGCGCAUCGACUACAAGGCUUGCGACACGGGCAUCAAGGUGAAGCCGCGCCAGGGCGACGCGCUGCUCUUCUUCAGCGUGUCGGUCAACGGCACCCUGGACAAGCACUCGCUGCACGGCGGCUGCCCCGUGGUGGCCGGGACCAAGUGGGCGAUGACCAAGUGGAUCAGGAACCGGUGCUUUGGCCUGGGCUGCUGA